UGGGCCGCUAUGCUCCACUGCGCCCGUGGCGGUUUAGGGAUCCGGGUUUACAGGGCGGUGCGGCUCUCAACUUCUGACAACUGAGGGAGAUGCGCUGUGGCGCAGCCUCCGGUAGAACUUGCAGGCGCUUGCUGUCGGGGGUCACGGGUCGGGGAGAUGGCGCGGCGGAGCUAGGGGCAGCGGGCCCCCCCGGAAGUCCCCCGCCGCCCCCUGCAGCCCGCCAGCCGCCGGAAGCUGCCGAGGGUGCGGAGGGUGGCGUGGCGCUGCUGGAGAUCUGCCAGCGGAGGCUCUUCUUCCGCGGGGCUCUGCAGCAGCUGAGCCCGGAAUCUCUCUUUCGCGGGUGCCACCCGGGCUUUGGGCCUUUGGGCGUAGAGCUGCGGAAGAACCUAGCCGCAGAAUGGUGGGCCUCGAUGGUGGCCUUGAAGGAGCAGGUCUUCGCGGUGGACGCCCGCCACCACGAGCCAGGCCCUUUGCAGCCCGGGGACGGUGCCUUCAGGUUAGUUUCUGCAGAAUGUAUACGUGAAAUCUUGCAAGACAAAGAUCUGAGUAAGGAACAGCUAGUGGCAGUUCUUGAGAACUUAUUAAAAACUUCUGGGAAACUACGGGAGAAUCUUCUUCACGGUGCUUUGGAGCAUUAUGUUAAUUGCCUGGAUCUGGUAAACAGAAGGCUACCUUAUGGCCUUGCUCAGAUUGGAGUGUGUUUCCACCCUGUUUCGAACACUGAGCAGAUACCUAAUGGCGUUAAAAGAAUUGCUGAGAAGACUGAAGCUUCCUUAGUCUGGUUUACUUCUGCAAGGACUUCAAGCCAAUGGCUUGAUUUCUGGUUGCGCCAUCGGCUCCUGUGGUGGAGAAAGUUUGCUAUGAGUCCAUCUAACUUCAGCAGCAAUGAUUGUCAGGAUGAAGCUGGACGAAAAGGAAGCCAACUUUACUAUAAUUUUCCCUGGGGGAAGGAGCCAAUAGAAACCCUGUGGAAUCUAGGAGAUCAAGAACUCUUACACAUGUAUCCUGGAAAUAUGUCCAGUUUACACGGCCGAGAUGGACGGAAACAUGUGGUUCCUUGUGUUCUGUCUAUAAAUGGUGAUCUAGACCGAGGUCUGGUGGCUUACCUCUACGAUUCUUUCCAGCUCACAGAGAACUCCUUUUCAAGGAAGAAAAGCCUUCAUAGAAAGGUACUGAAACUUCACCCUUGUUUAGCCCCUAUUAAGGUGGCUUUGGAUGUGGGAAAAGGCCCAACGGUGGAACUCAGACAGGUUUGUCAAGGGCUAUUUAAUGAAUUACUAGAAAAUGGGAUUUCUGUGUGGCCUGGUUAUCUGGAGACUGUGCAUUCCUCAUUGGAACAACUCUAUUCAAAGUAUGAUGAGAUGAGCAUCCUCUUCACAGUCCUGAUUACUGAAACUACUCUGGAGAAUGGAUUAAUCCAUCUGAGAAAUAGAGAUACCACAAUGAAGGAAAUGAUGCACAUAUCGAAAUUAAAAGACUUUCUAACCAAGUAUAUGGCUGCAGCUAAGAAUGUAUAGGUUUUCAUAUUUCUAUAAUAAAAAUUCUUCAUUGGUUGUCUUAUGUUAA